GGAUUUCGUCGUGGCGUUGUCUUGUGCUUGUUACCUACUUACUGACCGAUCAGCUAUCGAAGGUAUUUUAGUGAAUUGUUCGUAUUGAUCUGGUGCUGAAAAAACCGCCGUGAAAAUGGCAUCGAGAUCGAAAAAGAGUUCUACACCCUCAUCACAGCAUCAGCGGCCAUCUAGCCCUCUGAGCCCAACAAGACAUUCAAGAUUGCAGGAGAAACAUGAUUUGCAAAACUUGAAUGACCGCUUAGCUUGUUAUAUUGACAAAGUUCGGUUCUUGGAAGCUGAAAAUAGCAGAUUAACUAGAGAAAUUCAAACAACACAGGAAACUGUUACAAGGGAAGUUUCAAACAUCAAAUCUAUGUAUGAUCAUGAGUUAUCUGAUGCUAGGAAGUUGUUAGAUGAAACACACCGAGAAAAAGCACGUUUAGAAAUUGAUGUAAAACGUUUAUUAGAUGAAAAUGAUGAACUCAAAGCUGAUCUGGCUAAAAGAAGCAAAGAUUUGGUUUUGGCAGAGAAUUCUGCCAGAAUUUAUGAAACCAGGUUCAAUGAGUUACAGCUUAAAGCAAAUCAGGCAGCUGCUGAUGCUAAAAAGGCUGCUGCUGAUGCCAGAGAACUGGAAAAAGAAAGGGAUAAGCUUAGAAAACUCCUUGAUGAACAUAGAAAGCAGCUUGAGGAGGAAUCACUUGCUAGAGUUGAAGUGGAAAAUUCUAAUCAAAGUCUUAGGGAAGAGUUGUCAUUCAAAGAUCAGGUGUACCAGCAGCAGCUGACGGAGACGCGCACGCGCCGCCAGGUGGAGAUCAGCGAGAUCGACGGGCGGCUGGCCGAGAAGUACGAGGCUAAGCUGCAGGAGGCGCUGCAGGACUUGCGCGACCAGUACGAGGCGCAGAUGGCCAACAACCGGCAGGAGAUCGAGCUGCUCUACGAGCAGAAGAUCAAGAAUCUGCAGGCGGCCAACGACAGACAUCAGUCAUCUGCUGUGGGUGCGUUGGACGAGUUGCGCCAGAUCAGAACCAGAAUUGACACGCUGACGACGAGAAUCGGAGAACUGGAGCAUCAGAAUGCAGGAUUGGCUGCUCGUGCCAGGGACUUGGAGAAACUGUUGGAGAAUGAGCGCAUGAGACAUGCUGAGGACCUUGCUCUCCUCGAAAGAGAACUUCAGCGACUCAGAGACGAGAUGGGGACUCAGCUGCAAGAAUAUCAAGACCUCAUGGACAUCAAAAUCUCAUUGGACUUGGAAAUCGCAGCUUAUCGCAAACUCCUCGAGUCCGAAGAAGCGAGGUUGAAUAUCACCCCACACGGCUCGGAAAAGGACCUGUCGCAGGCGCAGCACAACACGCGCGCCUCCUCGCAACGUCGCACUCCCGUCCGGCUGGGGGCCAAGCGCAAGCGCACUCUCUUGGAGGAGAGCCAAGAAUCGAGCGUGUCCGACUACAGCGUGAACAGCUCGUCGAAGGGCGACGUCGAGGUGUCCGAGGUGGACGCCGAAGGGCAGUUCGUCCGGCUGCAAAACAAGGGCGGUCAGGAGGUGGCGCUAGGCGGGUGGCAGGUGGUCAGGAAGGCGGGCGAUGCCGAGACGAUGUACAAGUUUCAUCGGUCUUUGAAAUUGGAGGCCAAUGGUCAUGUAACCAUUUGGAGUUCAGACCUCAACAAAGACCAUGAACCGCCCAGCAACUUGGUCAUGAAAGGACAGAAAUGGGUCGUCGGCGACAACAUGACUACUACAGUUUUGAACAACAAUGGCGAAGAGGUGGCAAUUUCUGAGAGAGUGAAAAGGCAGUUAUCUAGUUCCUUAUUGAGACACAGGGAAAUGGCAGGAGGAUUUCUUUCUGAAGAGCUUCAUCACCAACAGGGCGAUCCACAAGGUGAUGAGAAAUGCCGAAUAAUGUAAGGUACCAUUUAAGAUUGAAAGCUUAAAGCUAAGUUAGAAAUGUACAGAAACAAAUUGGGUUCAUUCAGCUGAUUCCAUGAAUUUGAGUUGAUACAUUUGAACUAGCUUCCUUCCGCUGGAAGAAUCCAUUUUUUUUCCUGUUAUUGACAAAAAACUCUCGUGAAUCGAAAUUUGUUGAGGAAUGAUGAACAUUACAAAUUCCUUGUAGUUGACCAUGAUGAUUCAAAAUUAUGUGAAAGUUAUAUUUUUCAAUUGUGUUUGUUUCAAACAACUGAUAACUUGAAGUUCAAAUUUCAACUUUUCAUAUUGAUUACAUUUUUAUCAGGGAUUUUGGUUUUUUUUUUCUGUUACAAAAUAUGUUCUGUAUUCUUACGAGAUCAAAACUAAUUUGUAAAUUUCUUGAAUUUCGUCGAUAAGUCGUGGGAGUUGAGUGAAAUAUUUACCAUGGAAUUUGGAUUAUGGAUCAUAAUAUAUCAUGAACACAUGUUUUGAUCGAUUGAUUUUGUUGAGAAAUAAGAGCUUAUGGGCAUCAGUUGUUUCAAACUACUAAUAAAAAUGAAUAGUUCAACUAUGCAACAAAUUGAAAUUUCCAAUAUUUGUUCAAGAUGCUUCAACUACAACGAAAAUAAGCAAGCGAGGCGAUAAGUCUUUCAUACCGUGGUUUAAAUAUAAUUUUUCCCACUAUCAGCACAUACUGUCCUAGUAGAUUUUUGACCUAAAAUCUACAUUUUUUGUGGAUAGUUGAUGAAGUCAAUGAAACUCGCCGAGAGUUGUCAAAUGAGUUACAUUUUGAAUGAGAAUCAAACUCAUAGUGUUUCUGAGAGGAUAGAUGAUGUAGAUUGUUUUUAUUUGUCUACCAGUAAGAGCAAAAAAUUGAUGACUCAUGAUGAAUAUGUUGAAUUCUGGUUGGUUGUGUCUCAGUUCUGAUAAUAAACUAAUAAACCAAAAAUUGUUCUUGUUAACUUUCAUUUCAUACUUCAAAGUAUCUCAUUUCCGAAUCAACAUCACUCCGUUUUUCAUAAUAACAACCUAGCAACACCUAGACAAUCAUUUUUCACAGUUGACUAUUAUAAUUUUGCUUUAUUGACAACUCUAAAUACAAGGUGAUGAUGUACAUUGUACUUCAAUAGAAUAAUCGUGUGUUCUGCGGCUGGUUGUGAAAAUAAAAUACUUUU